CUGAUGCAACGUGGCCACGCUUGCAAAUAGCCCGAGAGCCAGGAUUUGGGCUCCCCGUGCCACGGCAGAGCCGACACCUCGGGGUGCACAAGAACGCCCAUCCGUGUAUCCACGUGCCGACGUACUUCCCCUGUUGGAGUUCUGUCUGCUGCCUGUCAAAAAGAGCUGAUGAGAGCCAUAAAUAGAAUAAAAUGAAUAAGGACAUACGGGUGCUGAGGCAAAGCAGCUCUGAAUAGCUCCUGAUCUAGGAAAAGGGGCGGGGGCGAGGCGGCGGAGGGCAAAGGCUCCUACGGCGCAAGAGAGAUCACUGCACCACAGAUAUUUAGUUUGUGAACCAAAAAAUCCAGAAGCUGAGAAAACAGAUGAAGGUGGACACGCUGCCCUGAAGCAUAUUUGCCUACUGUAUAUUUGGGUGAUCACAUGAAAAGCCUGCUUCAUAGAUUGGAAGCUCCUUGUUUUUGAAGAACAUCAGCAAGUAUGAGUGUGUACAUAUGUCAUAUUACAUGUGCAGUUCAUUAAGCCAAAUAGAUAGUAUUUUUCUCCCACUUAAAAGUUCUGCUGUUCAUGUAUGCAGAUAUACAAAGUGAGCGAGAACACAUUUGAUAGGCUAUAACUGAAGAUAAGAUAAGUUCACUGAAAUACCUGCUAAACGCAUAAUCAAAAAUUCCUUGUAUUGUGCUAAUAUAAAUUGCCAGUGUGAUAUAUACUGGUUUUAUUUCAUAGGUAUACUUAGGACACGCUGAUGCCUCUAUAGCUGCAAGACAGUGUGAGGGCAAAAGGUAUGGCUGUUUGCAUAUACUAGAUACCUGAUGUGUGAAUUUACACUUCUUAACAAGUAAGGGAUCUAUUUGUCAAGGAGCAAGGAGUCUAUACACUUAGAACAGUGUACUUAUGCUUUUUCUGGUACUUGAAAAGAAGACUAUCUACUAAAUCAAGCCUUGUAUGGGAAGAGUGAGAUCUGCUGUGUGCAUUUUUAAUCAAGCAGAGACUAGUAUUUAGGUGUGUGAAUUUGCAAGGAACAUAAGUUCUAGAUCAGUGUGUGUGUGUGUGUGUGUACACAUUGUGUGUUUGGGUUGCAUAUUCCCUCCCUUGAUGGAGAAAUCCAAAGCAGACCUCGAAGUAGCUGGAAACCCUGAGGGUGGAUCCCAUCAAGAUUUGUGUGAAGAACCAGCUGCUCGCCCUACCUGGGGAUCAAAGGCUCAGUAUAUCCUUGCCCAGGUUGGCUUUUCUGUUGGACUCGGCAACGUCUGGCGUUUCCCCUACCUGUGUCAUCAAAAUGGUGGAGGUGCUUUUCUGCUGCUGUACCUGCUGCUCCUCUUCAUCAUUGGAAUCCCUCUCUUCUUCCUGGAGCUGGCAGCUGGGCAGAUUAUCCGACAGGGCAGCAUUGGCGUCUGGAAGCACGUCAGUCCCCGCUUAGUAGGCACUGGCUUUGCAAGCUGCGUGGUGUGUUCCUUCGUUGCCCUAUAUUAUAAUGUCAUUAUUGCAUGGAGUCUUUUCUACCUGGGUAACUCUUUCCAGUUUCCCCUCCCGUGGAGUAAUUGCCCCGGAGCAGAAAACGAAACAGCUGUAGAAUCUGAAUGCACGGACAGUUCUCCCACUGUCUAUUUCUGGUACCGAAAGGCCUUGCACAUUACCAGCUCCAUAGAGGAGAGUGGGGGUCUUGACCCAGCCCUUACUGGCUGCCUCUUUGCUGCUUGGGUUCUGGUUUGUCUCGCCAUGAUCAAAGGCAUUAAAUCAUCUGGCAAGGUUUUGUAUUUCAGCUCACUGUUCCCCUACAUGGUUCUCCUGUGCUUCCUUGUACGAGCUUUGCUGCUAGAAGGGGCAGCUGAUGGCAUCAGGAUCAUGUUCACCCCCAAGGUGUCCAUUUGGGGAGAUAUGCAGGUCUGGCGUCAGGCAGCCACCCAGGUGUUCUUUGCCCUGGGUCUGGGCUUCGGGACCAUCAUUGCUUACUCCAGCUACAAUCCUCAGCAUAACAACUGCCACAUUGAUGGGUUGCUCGUGUCUGGGAUCAAUUUCCUUACCUCAGUGCUGGCCACGUUGGUGGUUUUUGCUGUGCUGGGCUUCCGAGCCAAUGUCUUGGCGCGCGACUGUGUUGUAAGAAAUGCAAAUCAUUUGACCGAGCUGGUGAAGAAUGGUUCCCUCUCAGGUGUGCUUCCUACAAACUUCUCUGAAUUCUCUCCUGCUCAAUACAGCAGUUGGUAUCAGAAUCAGUGGAAUGAUACAAAAAAGCAGUUGCAAGAGUGGAACCUUGGCGACUGCCGUAUAGAAGAUGAAAUGAACAAGGGUGUGGAAGGGACAGGCCUGGCCUUCAUCACCUUCACAGAAGCUAUGACCCUGUUUCCAACAGCCCCCUUCUGGUCCAUGCUGUUCUUUUUUAUGCUGCUCAACUUAGGGCUGAGCACCAUGCUGGGGAACAUGCAAGGAAUCAUCACUCCCUUAUUAGACAACUUCCAGAGCCUCCACCGUCGGCGGACACUCUUCACAGUCCUGUGCUGUAUGAUUGGAUUCCUGCUGGGCUUGGUUUUUGUCCAGUGCUCAGGCAACUAUUUUGUGACUAUGUUUGAUGACUAUUCAGCCACUCUGCCCCUGCUUAUUGUUGUAGCUGGCGAAGCUUUUGCCAUAGCCUGGAUCUAUGGAGCUGACAGGUUCUUGGAUGACAUAGAAAACAUGCUAGGUUGGCGGCCGUGGAGAAUCUAUAGCUACAUGUGGCGUUUCGUGAGCCUGGCAGCAAUGUUGUGUCUGCUGCUAGCCAGUUUGGUAUACUUAGUUAUGAAGCGUCCCACCUACAAGGCCUGGAACAGAGAAAAGGCAGAGGAGGAGCAGCUGGAAUACCCACCAUGGGCCUUGGGCCUUCUCAUUACCCUGAUUGUCGUGGCUGCUCUACCCAUUCCAGGCAUGUUUCUUAGACAACUCUGGAUGGAACGGUUUGCCCAGCACAGCCACAUGUCUGGCCAGAUGCCUGUACCCACUGAAGAGGAAGACGGGGUAGAAGAAAAAGAGAGUCCGGCUGAUCUCGAUCACCCAGGCAAUGGCUACUUGCUUGUGCCAGCAGAAGAGGGGCAGGAAUAGAAUGGACCCAGCGUUGCGAUGUGCAAUGUAUAGAAUGUGCAAUUCUCCACCUCCUGGAUAUCUCUGAUUGCUGCUGUAUUUCCAGCCUUUGAUAGCCUUAAUAAGCAAAGCAUUUUUUAUUUUUAUUUCUGCUCUCCCGGUCCUGCUUGUAGAACAAGAAGAAGGCUACUUGGGUUUAAAAAAAGAGACCCGUUAGCCAAGUACAAGGCUUCUGGAGCUAAACUAUCAUGACUCUUCCCAAGGAAGCUACAAGCCUUUGGGUUUUCCACACUCUUGGAGUUCUGCACAUCCAUACCUGUUCCACCCAUAAUAGUGGAGUGGAACCUGAAUGGCCAUUGGUAGGGAGGGAAUUCUGAGCAAUGCAUUUAAAAACCAAGUAUUUAAUGUUAAGUGCUUAUUCGUUAAAGCCUGAUUGCCCAUUCCUAAGGUUUGAAUGUAUAUGAUCACAGUGUACAGUAUAUUUUUUAAUAUUAAGAUGGCAGUGAUGGGGGGAAAAUAGUUUAAAAUUGACAUUAUACUGCUCAAAUGUUCUCAUUUAAGCAGUGUCUUUCGCCAGUGCUGAUCUUAUUUUUAAACGACAUAGGAAAAGUAGGAGAGCACCAUUUCCAGAAUUCUUCUUUUAGCCCUUAAUAAUAGUUCUACUGUGGGUCAUGUGACUAAGAGGAAGUGGGGCUUAGAACAGAUCAGUGGGCAGCAUUCCAAACCACUGAACAACUACCUCUCCCAUAGAGAUAAAUGGGGGGAUUUUUCUGAGUUUUUUUUUUUAUUCCUGGCCUCAUCCAAGCUCAUUUUCAAAUUUGACCUUUCUUUUACAAGCUUCUUCCCCCAAACCAAGUUUUGGUCCCAUUCUGCAGAUGGACAGGCAGACAAAGUCCCGAGUCCCUUUGCAUAAUUUCUUUGCAACAUUCCAUUGGGUUGGAAAGAACAAAAAAAUAUGGUGGAAACAUGAUGGGGGCUAAUUUAAACAUUGGUUUUAAAAAUUAACAGGGCACUAAACAGUUGUAGCUUUAAAUAUUAUAGAUGAUUGAGCUGGGAUAAAUUAACCAGCCCCAUGUAUCAGGGACGGUGUCUCAUUUUCAAAAAUGCGAAAGAAGACAGUAGAUAAGGACUUCCAUGAAGGUGAAGACUGCACUAUUAUUCCAUUCUUUUAAAACUGCACUUCAUGUGACAACGAGAAAGGACAGAAAAGACACUUGGAAACACAGCCACAACUACCAGAGGGAUGAUUUGUCAUAUGAGCCCCCUUCUCCAAUAAAUGUGAAUGAACGACAUACAACGAUUCCACAUCAUCUUGGAAGCACACAUGACUUGUGCUGGAGGACAUGAAAAGACAGAUGGAAUGAUAAAGGACCUGUACAUAAUACAAAUACAUUUAAGUGGACUCUUUCACUUUGGUGAACUAUCUUAUGACUUGAACAGCUAUCAAGGAACCUUAUUCUUUUUUCCAAGAGGGCAUCUUUAAAAUUAUAGAAUGGGGAAAGCAUGACUGGAGAACUAGUUACUGGAUUUCAGGGCACUAUGUUUUGCAAAGAGAAUGAAUGAAAUCUAGGAAGGUGUGAUGCCCAGGGCAUUUGACUCUGCUAAAGCAUCUGUGUCUUGCACUGGAACGUGUUCCUCCCUAUUCCCCAAAGUCCAUUUUAGACUGUAAGCAGCUCCUUAAGAUCAGGGACCUACUCAAUGACAUCUGAUGGCACCAUAUUUUUUCUUGUUUCUUUCAUCUAAAGAUUGAAUUGUUACAUGGGUGACUGGCAGGAACACCUUACUCUGGAGGAUCUCAGGCUGCGGGUAGGGACCUCCUAGGAGGCUCAUCACAAAUAUUUUAAAAAUUUUAGAAAAGCAAAGCUGUCAAAACACAUUGUGGGUUUUGCUCCGUGUUUCACCUCUGUAAACACGGUACUGCAAGUUAAGAACUCCAGUGAUACGUAGACUAAAAUUCAGUUACAGGUAGUAACUGAAGUCUUCACUUAACGACCGUUCGUUUAACAACAGUUAAAGUUAUGACGGCCUUGGGAAAGUGAUUUAAGACCUGUACUCGCACUUAUGACAGUUGUAAACCAUUGCAACCCCCACAGUAAUGUGAUCACGAUUUGCAAUCUUUUUUACAAUGAUUAUUAAGCGAAUCAGCAUGUCAUUAAAAAAAUCACACGGUUGUUAAGCAAAUCACAUAGCUGGAUUCACUUAAUGACCAUCGUAAAAAUGGUCAUAAAAUAGUCCAGUCCAGUCACAUGGCGAUUCGCUUAACAACUGCCCUGCUUAAUUACCAAUUUUCCAGACCCUAUUGUGGUCAUUAAGUGAGGACUACCUGUACUAGAAGUGGUAUGUUUAUUCCUUCCCCAACCCUAGGAUCAAUGGGGGGGGAGAUGUCACAGUACUAACAAGAAUGAGAACUAUUGCCUUAACUGCUUCAGUGGGAAAUAAAGGGGAGGAUGGACUUUUCCAGUACUUUGUCAGACAUUAUAGCUCAAAGAGCCAAAAACUUUGAAGAAGUAGUCAAUAGACUGCUUGUUUUUAUAAUAUUCUCUAUGGGGAAUUACUGGACUUUUUCAAUAGUUCAAUAAAUGAACUGUAUGUUAGAGUUUAAAUUUUGUUUUGGGGACUUACCUAGUGCAGGGCAGAACAAAGCAAGUAAUUAAAACUCCACUGUUCUGGUGAUGGGUUUCACUUUCAUAUGAGGGAACAGAACCUGAGGUCUACAAAUGAGCCUUAAACAAGAGAACAAACAUCUAAUUGUUUCCCCCUUUCUCUUCAAUAAAAGCUGUUUAGCACAAA